AUGAUUGAUUCAGUUCAAAUACGCCGCCAAGGGCCUAUAGACUUUAAGUCCCAUUAUGAAUAUAUGUGUGUUUUACAAGAUUCCAUCCCGCUGCAAGCUGUAAAGGUGAAUCUACGACAAGAUGCCCUUAACUUCAAUGCAGAUCGGAUCCGAUUAGCUGACUGGCCGCCCAUUCUAAAUACCUUGAAAAUUAAUAAAAGCUUGAUAAGCGUAUCUAUAAAAAGCUGCCAUCAACCAGGACUUGGAGAAUCAGAUUCUGAGAAAUAUGGAAUCCACUUUCGAAGACGUAUUCCACCUAUUCGAUCAAAGGACAUGACUUUUCAGCUAUGCCGAGCCCUUGCAGCAUGUUUGCGUGUGUCAAACUCUUUGAAAGAGGUGGAGCUCCAUGGACUGCCAUUAAGGGAAAGAGACUUGCGAACGUUGGCUAAGGGUUUGGCUGCCUCAAAAUCUUUGGAGAGCAUGUCAUUGCCAUAUUCAUCAUGUGGAGAUGAAGGACUAGAAAUUAUCUGUCAAAGUGUGAAGAAUUCACCAACCAUCAAAAUGAUUAAUUUCACUGGAUGCAAUCUCACAUGGCGUGGAGCUCAAUUUAUUGCCAGUAUUAUCAAGCAUCAGGCAACAAGGAGGCACAGUGAGGCCUGGGCAGAGAGCCUGAGAUAUAGAAGACCUGACCUUGACUGUAUGAAUGGAUUGAGGCGAAUCUCUCUCAACUGUAAUACUCUUGUUGGUGAUCAAGGAGCAAAGGCAUUAGCAGAAGUACUGGGAGAGGAUCUUUGGUUAAAAGCGCUAGAUAUCAGACAAUGUGGAAUAACCAAUGAAGGGGCAAAGGCUUUCCUCCACGCCUUGCAAACCAAUACUACUCUGAUGGUUUUGGAUGUAAGAAAAAACCCACUGAUCGAUCAUGAACUACUGAAGACUGUUAUUGAAAGAGUGUUACUGAAUUCACAUGACACAAAUUCAGAGUACAAAUGGUUCACUUCUCCAUCUUCAAAAGGACCAAAACCCAGAAAACCCUCCAGUCUGCGAAAUGGUCUGAAAGGGAAGAACAUAAUACGUAUUGGAUUUGCUACUAAGAAGCCCUUUGUUCCUGGAAGAAAAUAUACACCUAAGGAACUAUAUGCUCCAGAACCUAAGGCUGCAGGAGUCAAAGGAUUUCUUCCAUGGAGAACUGCAGAGAGAGCAAAUAGACACAGAGAAAUGUCCAUGGACUGUAUUUCAUAUUCUCCUACGCAGACAGGUAGUCCAGUAAAAGUGUCUGUGGAUAGUGAGACCUCCUGUGACAGCGAUGAAUCUGAGGGCUCUGCAGACCUUUUUAUUGAUAGACCUGGGGUGCCUAACAAGAGGAAUGCUAUAAACUACAAACGUUUGCAGGUUGCAUUGGAGGAAUGCCAGCUAAGACUGGAAGAAGAAAGAAAAGCAAGGUUAAGAGCUGAUGACAGGAUAAUGGAGCUGGAAGUUGAAAAUACUCGAUUAAGGCGAAUCAAUCGUAGUCUUUCAGAAACACUUGAAACACGAACGGUAACGUCUGUGCUUUUGGAGGAUGAAGGAGUUCUUGACAGCAUAGAAAAAAUCCUUCAGUAAAUUCCAUGCUUUCCUGGAUCUUUUAAAAGACGCAGGCUUAGGUCAGCUUGCCAGUAUGGCAGGUAUUGAACAGUCUGACUUUGCUCUGCCAGGAGAUCCACAGCUGUCUUCUACAAUUGGAAAAACCCAACCACCCUCCUCUGAAACCCACAAUGACCUGCAAAAAACCUUCCUAGUUGAUCAGAAACGGGAUUUGGAAGAUGCCCCCCCAAAACUUUCUGUAGAACCCUGUGUCAUGACUGCAACAGCCUUUCCUCCUCCUGGUGAAUCAGAUGAAAUUCAUGCUAGCAGCUUGAAGAGCAAAGCGUUUGAUCUUCCUAUAAAGGAUUUGGAGUCACACAAGAACAGCACGAUUGCUUCUGAACAGCAGAAUACAGAUGGUUUAAAAAGAGCCUACCUGUCGGAAAAGAAAGGAGCUGGUAACGAGUGCUCAACAUCAGAUUCCAGCAAAAGCAAAAAGAGUAGUGCAAGUAAAAAAUCCAAAGAAUCAUCUAGCGGAAAGGACAGAAGGCAAUCUUCAAAAAGAAAUCCUUCCGUGGGCUCAUACAAGAUUUGUUCUGAGGAAACUGGGCAUCAAAACGGUCACAAAAGUUCACCUUUUUCUGAUGUCAGCGUUCAAGAAUCAGAUAUCCCAGAAAAUCUUCACUCCAGCAGCAACAGCCACAGUGGUUUAGAUUAA